AUGGGGUGCAGGUGCUGUAAAAUGAUACAAAGCUAUCUCUUCGAUCCUGUUCCAGUGGCCUCCCCGGGCUACAUCAAUGAAGUCAGCAGCUGCAAGUUGGAUGAAGAUGACCCUGUGAAAUUCAAAAGCAAUCAGAGCAGCGAGAUCCUGGUGCAUAAAAAUGUCCUUGCAAGUGAGGGCUUCAAGAGGUCGGAGGGUAGAGGCCAGAGAGCAGGUCCCCAAGAGCCCUGCUGGCCUCACCAAGAGCCGCUCCCGCAGGAGGAUGCAGGAGGUGGACGCUGGGAGGAGAAGCCUGGCAGUGCAGUCAAUGGCAUGGGCCCCACUGCAGCUCUGCAGCCCACCAGGAACCCCAGGUCCCACCAGAGGGACAAGGGCUCCAGGGCCAGUCCUACAGACAGUGUGCACCCCACUCAACCCUUCCUUGAAGGAGGGGACACCAGGAAACAGGACUGUGUGCUGCCAGCCUUGGAAAAGACCCAAGUCGUCCCAAGUGGGGACUUUGAAGUUCCUUCUAAGGUGGAAAGUUUUGCCUUGGAAGUACAAGGUCACGACCUCCAGAUACCAACCCCGGAUUACCCUCAGCUGUGGGGCACAGCUGUACACAAUGUGGAUCAUGAAGAAAAGGAUUAUCUUUUCAAGAACCCCAAGGAGGAUGAGCCUCUGGCGGGAAUUCUUCCCAGGGUGGGCGAGCACGGUUUGAACAUGCCCUUCCCCAGGAGGAGAAGCUGGGACUCAUUAAAUGAGGCGGUGACCACGGAAGUUCUAAGCGUCUACUUUAAAGAGGAGGGUCCUAUCACACCUGUGGUCAAUUCCAGAAUUGAACAGGAGGAAACGGAUGGUUCUGAUGGAAACAGGGAUGGGGAGGUAGUGGAUGAGGAUGCGGCAGUGGCAGAAGCCCUCGCGGCAUUAGAAGCUGCUACUGCAGGAGAAGACUUGGAUGAGGCAGAUUAG